AUGGAUAUUAUUUCAAUUAAUGAGACAAAUUUACAUGAAAAAACUCAAUUUCAAUUACCUGGAUUUAAUAUUUUUCGUUUUGAUCGUUCUGUCAAAAAAGGUGGUGGUGUUCUUCUUGCAAUAAGAAAGGAAAUAUCAUAUUAUGAAGUUUUUUCUCAAAAUAUUGACAACAAUGAAUGUGUUGCUGUACAAAUAAGUACACAAAGUGGUACACUUUUAAUCUGCUCUAUUUAUAUACCACCUCAAAUAAAAAUUUCUUCACGAUUAUUUGAUCAACUUCUAAAUAUGAAUAAUAAUUGUUUAAUAAUGGGGGACCUUAAUGCAGCAUCAACUUUAUUAGGUUCACGUAAAACAAAUAGUAAAGGAAUUCAAUUACAAGAGUUAUUGAAUAACACUGCAUUCUCUUGUAUCGAUGAUAAUAUAACUACAUAUGAACGAAAUAAUUACGAAGAAAAAUUAGAUUGGAUUUUAGCAACUCGACCUAUUAUCUUCUGUAUCAAUAAUGUUAAUACUCAUAUGCCUCUUGGUACUGUUAGUGGUCAUAAACCUUUAGCAUUUGAUUUAAUGAUAAUGGCUGAUGAUAAACCACCAUCACCACGAAUUCAAUUUUCAUUUAGAUUAGCAAAUUGGUCUCUUUAUCGUCAUAUUUUAAAUGAAAAGUUAAUGCAGUGGGAUGUGAAUCGCAAAAUUGUUUCUACAAAUGAUAUCGAUGAAUAUACAACUUUUAUUAGUGAAAGUAUUGUAGCAGCAGCUCGUUCAGCUAUUCCUCAAAGUUCUGGUAAAAUUAACAUUGAAAUAAGUCCAGUCACCAAACAUCUCAUCAAUCUAAAACAUCAAUUCUAUCGUAGCUGGAAGAAAUAUGGUGUAGGAAACUAG